AUGUGUGUUUGAUUAUGAGUUUUAGGACACUGUUGUGUCCAAAAACUAAAGUUUCUCAUCUUCGUGCUGCUCAGCAGAUGAGCACACAUACAACCCUUCUGCUACAAGGGAAACUUUGAGACAUUCCAAUUUAAUCUUUGGAUAAAAUGUUAAAAUACUGGAGUCAAAGGCCUUGAGGUUACUGCCCUGCCUUCUUCAGCUCCAAUGUGAAACUGCUUCCUCCACUAUGAGACAAGCAGUGGCCAUUUUGCAUUUAGUUUAGUCUUCUUCAGAUAACUUUGCCCUCCUUUUUAGAUCAGAUAGCAGGACAAAGAAACAACACAAGACUUGUCAGGAUUUAUACGUGUUUAGUUUACAUAAUAUUUAAAGGUAUCAGAAGAUGUAGGCGUUGCUAUGUGGAAGUCUUGUGUGUUUGUUCGCUCUCUCUUCUUCCUGUUGCUACUCUGUACUUUGCUCCAGAUUUUACAUGGCAAAUGGAAACAGAAGUAUCACUAAGAAUCAAAAGGACAGGUAUUUGGUUUUUCCUUGUCAAAUUAAAAUUUUAUGUAUGAAACCAAACAAAGGUAAGGCAGGUUUUUUGUUUGUUUUUGUAAAUUCAAACAGAAACAAUUCAAAGUUACACUACAUACAUCAGAGCAAACUAUUGUGAGACACAGUAAAAUCAGAAUUGGCACAAAAACCCUUUUACGGUUUGCUGUUUCAUGUCUGGAAACUGUAAACGGGUCUGGAUGAUAUGUUGACAGACCAUAGCCAAAACACUGUGUUACUCCACAUUAUUAAAGCAAUCUCAACAGUGCCAAAGAAACAAAGAAUGAUCUCACUCUCCUUUUUAAUUCACAUAAGAAUGAGAUGAGAUGAUUAACUGUGUAAAAACAAAAGUUUAGCAUGCAGUAUUCUACAUUUGCGAAAUGGGCAUGUGGUAUAAAUAUGACACUGAUAGUUGUGUAUAUCAGCUAUGUGUGCCAUUUUGGUGUUGAGAACAAGUCAUCAGGGCCUCUUUCAUGAUGAUCCGGCCAGUAAACAGGGUGACAGAUGUUAAGUAGCACAACCGUUGAGUUACGCAACACAAUCACAAAUCUAAUCUGCCAAAAGGUCUCCUUUAAAUCCCUCCUGGCUCAUGCCGUGAUAAUAAAGAAGCGUACGUUUAACUGAAGAAAAGUAAAUCGGGUAAUGCAGGGGAGAUCUCUGCAUUGCAGCAAAAAUUCCUUUCAGGAGGAAGAGGGGAGCCUGCGUGCUGUGAUCUGUGUGGCAUACUGCAAUCCACCAAUAAUGUUCCAGCCUGUUGGCCUUCCAGCCAAUCGCAGCCAGAGUUGAGGUUAAAGAUUGACAAUCAGAGGGAGAACAGCAGGGAGAGCAAGGGCCUUCUGGAAAAUUCCACAGCCAUCUUUGAUUCACCCUUUACAGCCUUAUAUAAAAUCCAGGUCAAAUCUUUCUUUCUUACAGCAUACAUGGUACAGACUAGCAGUGCAGGUUUGGCUGAGGAGGAGAUAAAGACAGAGUCUGAUGUGGUAGAGGGGAUGGACGCAUCUGUGCGAUCCAAAGUUCCCGAUCCACCAGGAUCAGCAGAACGAUCAGUGGUAUCACAGAAGCGAAAGGUGUCAAGUCCCACCCAUUCCUCCAAUGGACACUCUCCCUCUGAUACUUCCCCCAGUCCUCUAAAGAAAAAGAAAAAGCCAGGGGCUGUGAACUGUCACAACAAAGACCAGUCAGAGCUAAGACAUGGUCCCUUUUACUAUAUGAAGCAGCCAGCACUCACCACAGACCCUGUUGAUGUUGUACCGCAGGACGGCAGGAAUGACUUCUACUGUUGGCUGUGCCACCGCGAGGGCCAGGUGCUCUGCUGUGAGCUCUGCCCCAGGGUGUACCACGCCAAGUGCCUCAAACUACCAGCUGAGCCCGAGGGCGACUGGUUCUGUCCAGAGUGUGAGAAAAUAACAGUUGCUGAAUGCAUUGAAACCCAGAGCAAGGCAAUGACGAUGCUAACAAUAGACCAGCUGUCCUACUUGCUGAAAUAUGCUCUCCAAAAAAUCAAACAGCCUGGGACCGAGCCAUUUCAGAAGCCCGUCUCUCUGGAACAGCACCCAGAUUAUGCAGAAUACAUCUUCCACCCCAUGGACCUGAGUACUUUAGAGAAGAAUGUCAAAAAGAAAAUGUAUGGCUGCACUGAGGCGUUUCUCGCUGAUAUGAAGUGGAUCUUGCACAACUGCAUCAUCUAUAAUGGAGGUAAUCACAAGUUGACAGCGACUGCUAAGGUCAUUGUCAAGAUCUGUGAGCAUGAGAUGAAUGAGAUUGAGGUGUGCCCAGAGUGCUAUGUUUCUUCAUGCCAAAAAAGGGACAACUGGUUUUGUGAACCAUGUAGUCAACCCCACCCGCUGGUCUGGGCUAAGUUGAAGGGCUUUCCCUUCUGGCCAGCAAAAGCACUUCGAGAAAAGGAUGGGCAGGUAGAUGCACGCUUCUUUGGACAACAUGACAGGGCCUGGGUUCCCAUCAACAACUGUUACCUCAUGUCCAAAGAGAUCCCAUUCUCUGUAAAGAAAACAAAGAGCAUUUUCAACAGCGCCAUGCAAGAGAUGGAGGUCUAUGUGGAAAAUAUUCGCAAGAAAUUUGCAGUGUUUAACUACGCACCCUUCCGCACUCCUUAUACGCCCAACAACCAGCUUCAGAUGCUCUUAGACCCCUCCAAUCCAGGUGCUGGUACAGUUAAAUCAGAGAAACCAGAUAAACUCCGCUUCAACUUUGAUAUGACAUCAUCCCCUAAGAUGAUCCUCAACAAGAGUUCCACAGCCAGUAGCAUGAGUCGGCGGGUGUCGAUGACAGACAUGCCUAGGUCUCCGAUGAGCACCAACUCCUCGGUUCACACGGGAUCAGAUGGGGAGCAAGAUACGGAGAAGGCCAGCAAGAAUCCUGCUUUCCAUUACAGCACUGGAGAGGAAUCAAUGGACUGUACUGCAUCUCCUGUCUCAGGGAAAAUGGGUCCAACUGGCAGUCCAAAGUCCCUGACCCCUGGGCUGGUGCCUAAGCAGGAGAGGACUCCAGGAACAGGCAGCAUCCUCAAUCUCAACCUGGAUCGAGUGAAGGCUGAAAUGGAUCUGAAGGAGCUGAGUGAGACUGUGCAACAGCAGCAGCAUCAACAAGCCCCUCCUGCUACCGUUGUCACCCCUAAGAGACCCAUCAGGAGUCUGGACAAAACUAUUGAAAGCUGCAAAGCUCAACUGGGAAUUGAUGAAAUUUCUGAAGAUGUGUAUAAAGAUGUGGACCACUCUGACACUGAGGACUCUGAGAAAUCUGACUCAAGCGACAGCGAAUAUCCCAGUGAUGAGGAACACAAGCCGAAGAGCUCUGCACAGGAUGACAAAGACAAAGUAGAGAAGAAAAAGUCCAAAGUGAGCACAGAGGUGGAAAAUGAGGAAGGAGUUACAGGGAUGGGGGAUAAAGCCACCUGUCUACCCGUGCUCAAAGAGAAGCAGGGCAACAGUGCCUCAGAUAAAGAUCUCCAAGACAAACCCAAAACACCUCAAUCUCAGCCACUCACUGAAAAACCAAAAGCCUCAGAGGAGAGCAAAACAGCUGCUGCUACUUCAGUGGGUGAGCAAGACUCUGAUUCAGAAAGAGAACUUGUUAUUGACCUGGGAGAUGAGCACGGAGGUCGUGAAUCAAAGAGGGCAAAAACAGAGCUGGGGUCUUCUGUUGCCAUACCAGGAAAAGAAUCCAGUGUUACCAAGUCAGAAGGUAAACUGCCUUCAUCAGGUGCAUCGGUUGCAUCAACUCGAGAAGCUGUAUCCAACCAGAAAGACUCACAGCAACCUUCUGUUACAUCGGGACUCAACGUUGUCUCCACUGCAGCGUCUGGUCAGCCCAGUGCUACGACAACUACCAGUGGACCUACCAGUGCUCCUUCUGUCUCCACAACAGCCCCAGCAACUGCAGCUGUAAAGAAACCGCGUCCACUACUGCCAAAAGACGCGGCUCAGGCUGUGCAGCAGGCAGUCGUCUGGAGUCCGACCAAAUUUCCAACAUCAUCUCAGAAGUGGCAUAUGCAGAAGGUGCAGAGACAACAGCAGCAGCAACAGCAACAACAACAACAACCACAGCCGCAGCAGGGAGAACAGUCAACUUUGCAGACACAGUCUCAGAAUCAGGUUCAGGUUCAGACUCGCAGCCCGCAGCAGCAGUCGCAACAGCAGAACUCCUCUUCCAGUACUCGUUACCAGACUAGACAGUCGGCCAAGGUACCUAAAGACCCUCCUCAUAGUGCGUCGCCAUCUACAGCUGGCCAGGCCACAUCUGGCAGCUCCUCACUGAUAUCAGGAGACGUGCAGAUCCCCACAGUCUCUGCGGAUGUGGCAGCAGAUAUAGCCAAAUACACAAACAAAAUCAUGGACACAAUAAAGGGGACGAUGACAGAAAUCUACAAUGAUCUUUCCAAAAGCACAUCAGGAAACACGAUUACUGAGAUUCGACGGCUGAGGAUAGAGAUCGAGAAACUCCAGUGGUUGCAUCAGCAAGAGUUGUCAGAGAUGAAGCACAAUCUGGAGCUAACAAUGGCAGAGAUGAGACAGAGUCUGGAGCAGGAAAGGGACCGUUUGGUGGCUGAGGUGAAAAAGCAGAUGGAGUUGGAAAAGCAACAUGCAGUGGAUGAGACCAAAAAGAAACAGUGGUGUGCUAACUGCAGAAAGGAGGCCAUUUUCUACUGCUGCUGGAAUACGAGUUACUGUGAUUACCCCUGCCAGCAAGCACACUGGCCUGAACACAUGAAGUCCUGCACACAGUCGGCGCCACAGCAAGAGACAGAGCCCAACUCGGAUCAUUCAGCAAAAUCAUCGGGCCACUCCCCUGCCACACAGACCGUGCCUUCUGGUACAGGAUCGAUAUCGGAUAAAAGCAAUUCACCCACAUUCAUGGACAAAAACAAGGACAGUGCUGGUGUUACUGUGACCUAACUGCUUCACUACAGGCACAUUUGGUGCAGUGACUAUGGUACACAUGACCUUGAACUCUGCUUGAAGGCCUGCACCUCUGUGACAAAUCAUUUGAACCAUACCCCCCCCCCCAUUCCCAUUUGCUUGGUGGAGAAUUUUUGGUUUACGCCUUACUUUCAGUUUUCCACAUUUGUGUCCAAGUCACUUCACCAUGUGAAAAUAGUCUCUUGUGAGAAAUAAAAUGUGAGACUAUAUCUUUUCAUUCUGUAGUUUUUGUGUUAUAGCUCUUUUUCCACUUUGUCGUCCCUAAGUAAGAUUGUAUCACCACAAAAUAUUUUCAACAUUAUCACUUUCAAUGCUGCUUCAUACAACCUUUUUUUUAUUUUUAUUUUAAACAUAACAUAUUUUAAACAUUUUGUUGAUUGUUCUCCAUAUUGUGAGACACGACAACUGAAGCAACCUUCAACGGAUGAUACACUUUUAUCUAGGUACCAUCAGAGAUAUUUUGGUUAAAAAUUGCGUCUUUGGUUUAAACCGCUUUUGUUACGUGUCAAUUGACUUUUUUUUCUGAGUAAUGCUGGUUUAAAGAUAACUUUUGAUUAAUGGUCUCCUCUAUAUUCAUGGUUGCUUUUAAUUGUCUCAUACCAGUUUUAUAUUGUUUCAUGUUGUACAUCCCCACAUAAAUAUAUGAUUUAUUAAAAAGAUGAAAAAUUUAAACUGUACAAAGUUUUUGUAAGAAGAUACCUGAACAAUAUUUAUAGUGUUAUACGUUUUUAUAGUAUGUUUAUUGAAAUCAUAUUUCUAUGUGUCUAAAGAAAAAGGAAAAAAAAAACUUAUUUGAAAAUAAAUUACUUCACACGAAUAUCAGCUGUGAGUGAAGUCCCUGUGUAGCUGGUUACCCAAAACGGAUGUAAGUCCUGACAGACUGUAUAAAAAUUGGGUAAAAAUAAACAGAAACGACAUUUUGGACAGAUAUUUCCUGUGAGCAUGUCUGUGUUGAGAUUGUGUCCUGUUCUUGUUUACACAUUGUACAAUAAAAACACUUGCAAAGAAAAAAUAAAAUUGCAAUUUUA